AUUUUUCGCUCUUUCUGAGGUUCAGUCAGAAAGCCAACUUUGCAGAAGCAAGAAAGCCCCAGCAGGAUCACACACACACACGGGAUAACAGAGGAUUGUUAUUAAAACUCGUCAGACUCAUGAUGGACUCUAUAGAUCUUUUGGACUGAUUUCUCCAUUCAACAAAAUUAGGACUCUGCACCGGACGUUAUUUUGGACCAUACUGGGCUGUGCAGGACUUUCCACUGGACUGCAUUGGUUUAUAUUACUUCUAUAUAGUGUCUGGGGAAAUCUCUUUUCCUGUGGAUGCAGUGCUACUGAAUGGAAUAUGACUGACUCUGCACUGCAGGACUAAUCCAUCAUAGAUUAAAUUAAACUAAAAUCAGUCUUGGACCCAGAUUAUUGUCACACCAGGUUAUUUAUUUCUUCACACACACGGGGCAGAAGAAGGUUAAAGGUGGGAAGUUGCAGUUUGGUCAUUUGUUUGAAGUGGGUGAAUCUGCGUCAGGUUUAUUUGGUUAAGAAGUCCAAAAAAAAAAAGAUAGUAUCCUUAUUUUAAAUUGGUUAUUUAUUGAGACGAUAAAGUUUAUUUGUUGACUCCUUUGAAUGUUGCACUAGUUAUAAUACUCAUGUCUUGGCGGAGGAUGCAAAAGACCAGGAGCAGUAGCAUGAGUCUCCUGAGUGUCCUGUGGCUGCUGACGCUCUGUCUGGCUCCUGGAAGCCAAGGCCAAGGGGAGCAGCCAGCAGCCAGGGCUCAGCUGGCGGAGAAAGAUGCUCUCUGUCAUCAGGAUGGAUGCUACACUGUCUUCCUCCAGAAGAGAACCUUCAGGGAGGCAGGGCGGAGCUGCCGGGAGCGAGGUGGGACCCUGGCGACCAUGCACACUCACGAGGCCGCGGGUGUGGUCCACGACCUGCUGUCGGCCAUUGAUUCACAGGGACCGAGGUUGAGGCUUCGCCUCUGGAUCGGCCUGCACAGACCUCCACGCCAGUGUUCAUCCACCCGACCACUCAGAGGAUUCGUCUGGGUCACAGGAGAUCAGGAUGGUCAGUUCACCAAUUGGCUCCGUGAAGACACUCCUGGGACUUGUGCCGCGCCCCGAUGUGUGGCCAUGACUGUUUUCACCACAGUGAGUGGACGUGAGAGCAACGACAACUUUGGGUGGGUUGACGGCUCCUGCGCACUGCCAUUGGACGGAUACGUUUGCCAGAACAACUACAAAGGAAUGUGUCCACCAUUGGAGGACGAGGGCAGAGGUCCAGCCGUUUACACCACCCCAUUUCACCUUGUCAGCACUGUGCUGACUCAUGUGCCCUAUGGGUCUGUAGCUUCUCUACCUUGUCCCGCAGACGGCUCAGAUCCAAACGCUCUUGCUGAGCAGACUGUGCUGUGCAUGGAGAGGGAUGACAAGAUGGUGGGCUGGUCCAGGGAUGCACCACUAUGCUCCCCCAGUCAAGAUCUAAAGAACCAGGACUGGUGUAGUGAGGACCAUGGAUGUGAACACUUCUGCCAGAACACAGACACAGACUACUACUGUUACUGCGCCGAGGGAUUCAUACUAGGCGAGGACAGCUACAGCUGCAAGCCCGACCCUCUCAGCCAAACUGACCCUCCUCAAUUAUCCUCUGACUCCGCUGGUCCCACUGACCAACCGCAAAUCAGUGAGGUCUGCAUGGAAAUGGGGUGCGAGUAUAACUGUGCGGAGACAAGGCGGGGGAUCCGCUGCACAUGCCCUCCGGGCUACCAAAUUGCCUCAGAUGGGCGCAGAUGUUCUGAUGUCGAUGAAUGUCAACAGCUCCCCUGCCCACAGGACUGUGUCAACAUCCCCGGCACCUUCCACUGCAUCUGCCACCCCGGGUACCAGACCGACGACGAGGGUGAGUGCGUGGACGUCGACGAGUGCCUUGACGAGGGCAGCUGUGAAGGUGCUUGUGAAAACACUGAAGGGUCCUUCAUCUGCCAGUGUAACCCUGGGUACAAGUUGGAUAGUGGGGGAGAGUGUGUAGACAUAGAUGAGUGUGUGGGGGAGUCGCCCUGCCAGCAGCAGUGUCUGAAUUACAUGGGUGGGUACCAGUGUUAUUGCGACAAUGGCUAUGACCUGCAGUCAGAUGGACUUACCUGUCAUCUUUCGCCUGAUGAUGAGGAAUAUUCCACUCUGACGCCUGACCCCAGCGACUCUGCUCACAUACCGAUUGUGGACCCCGACCAUGAUAUUCCAUGGUCCACCUCAUUUACCCCUGACCCCAACUUUGAAACUGACACUAACUUUGACGUUGAGUGGCUCACAGAAGUACCUGAAGGACUUUCUCCUGACAUGGCGCAUGGGCGGGACAAUCACUUGAACCAAUGGGACGCCCUGUCACCGAAUCAUUAUCAGACAGCGCCGACCCCAACACAGAAAUACAACACAGGCAACGAGAUUGAUAAUGAGGCUAAGGCAGGAAGUAGAGGAGUUAGUGGUGGGACGGGAGCUGAGAGUGCCAACAGGUCACCAGGGCAGGGGGAGGAGGCUAAGAUGGCUGGUACAGAGGAUGUCAACGGUACAGCGGAGACGGAGGAUGAAUCUGAUGCAGGAAAGCAGAAACAUGACAAGAGCUGGUUGCUGGUUGCCCUGCUUGUGCCUCUGUGUGUGUUCCUUGUUGUGAUGCUGGCUUUGGGGAUUGUCUACUGCACCAGCUGUGCUGUGGACAAGAGCCUGAGCUUCUCUAACUGCUAUCGCUGGAUACUCCCUACGACGCCUCCUGAGAGGAGGAAUGGCAAAGCCCAAGCAUGAACCCUAAAAUGAACAAACAGUGCACACACACACACACACACACAUGCUCACAUACAUACACACAUGUGCAGAAUGUCCAGAUGUCUGUUAACAUUUUUUUCUGUUCACUGAAGCUACUAUUUGGAUAGAGUACAGCUGUCUCUCCCCCCCUCCUCAAGGAAAACCCGAUUCUUUCUGCGGCACAACCUUUGUAAAUAAUUCACUCUUACGUCGUGUUUGUAAAAUUCAAUAAAACCAAUAAACGGAUAAAAGAC